CAGAAGCAGAAGUUACUUGAAAAUUAAUAAAGAAAAUUUGAAUUUGUUGUAAGUUGGCCUACGUUUCCGACUUUCCUGCUUAUAAUCACAACAAUUAUAUCAGCUCCGCAAGUAACCGUUUCUAAUAAGCAGAUUCGAGCUACCCCUUCAAAGCGAAGAAAAAAAAUGUGUAAAAUUUGCAGGCGAAUGUAAACAAACGUUUAAAGGAGUUACAAAACAUAUUGACGGAUUAAAUGAAUUAAAGACAAGAAUAUUUAGGAGACUUAAAUAAUGAAUACACAGAGGAGUGCGGAAAAAAAUUACAAACCAUUGACGACCGCUUCGGGAAAUGAUGGAAAUGAUACCUUCAUCGCUGAUCAUUUCCGUUAUAUAUACAGUUCUUCAUUGCAUGAAUUGGUGCAAAUUAAAAUAGGGACUUUGGAAGGGAAAAAACGCCAACCAGACUAUGAAAAACUUCUAGAGGAUCCCAUUUUAAGAUUUUCAGGCUUAUACUCUGAAGAGUGUCCUUCGUUCCAGGUGCGAUUACAAAUCUAUAAUAAAGGGCGGCCUUAUUGUUUGCCAGUGACAACGUCAUAUAAGGCUUUUACAAAACGUUGGAGUUGGAAUGAAUGGGUAUCUCUACCCUUACAGUUUUCCGAUCUACCACGUACAUGUGUUUUAGUGUUAACUAUAUUGGAUUGUGUGUGCGCUGGGCAGCAAACAGUUAUUGGUGGCACUUCAAUCUCAUUAUUCGGAAAGGAUGGUAUGUUCCGCCAGGGUAUGUACGAUUUGCGCGUGUGGAUAGGCGUUGAAGGGGACGGCAAUUGCCCUUCAAAAACUCCUGGCAAAGGCAAAGAUUCGUCUAAAUCUCAAAUGCAACGAUUAAGCAAAUUAGCAAAAAAGCAUCGCAAUGGUCAAAUACAAAAAGUUGAUUGGUUGGAUCGUCUGACAUUCCGCGAAAUCGAAUUAAUUAAUGAGCGCGAGAAACGUAUGUCUGAUUAUAUGUUUUUAAUGAUUGAGUUUCCAACAGUUGAUGACUAUUAUAACUAUUCGAUCGUCUAUUUCGAACAGGAAGGUGAUGAAAACUAUAAAAUUAUUUCUAAGCCGAAACUAGUUACAGUACCAGACUCUGAAAUCUUGCAGGAAAACUUAGUGGAGCGUAAACACCACUCUCUGGCGCGUUCGGAGCGUUCGCGGAUUUCGGAUCGUGAUGCUAAGCCUACAGCCAGCAUACGUGAUCAGUUGCAUACGAUUGUCUAUCGAUAUCCACCCACUUAUGUUUUGAAUACUGAAGAACAGGAUCUUUUGUGGAAAUUUCGCUUUUAUUUAUCAAGUCAUAAGAAGGCUUUAACGAAAUUUUUGAAGUGUAUUAAUUGGGAAACCGUAGCUGAGGUACAGCAAGCACUCUCUUUACUUUCGAAAUGGGCUCCUAUGGAUGUUGAAGAUGCUUUGGAGCUUUUAAGUCCCGGCUUUAAAGAUCCUGAAGUGCGUAAAUACGCUAUUGGCCGUUUAGCUCAAGCACCCGACGAAGAUUUAUUAUUAUAUUUACUGCAACUUGUGCAGGCUUUGAAAUACGAGAACUUUGCAGAAAUCCAAGAAUCAUAUAAGAGAUUUUAUCCUGAUCGGGACGUAGUGCGUUCGCUGGACGACAAUUCCACUUUAUUUGAUCAGAGUUCGUUGUGUUCAGAGUUAGGUGGUAAGGGUAGCGGGAGUACUUCGUCGAUGAUGACAACUACGCAACGCACACAUCUAACUAGUGGUUUGUCCAGUACUGGAGGAGUGCAAGUGGAACGAUCCACGGCGAUUCCAUUAAAUAUAUCAGUGAAUUCUUCUGAUGAGAAUGAGAACAAUAGCGUAGCUUCUAUCGGUUCAUUAACUUCGGACGUUUCCAAUACACUUAUGAGUGACAAUAUACCAUGCAGAAACUCGGCAAUGGCUACGGUUGGUCCUCCAAAUCUUUGCACAUUCCUUAUACAUCGGGCAUGUAAAAAUCCUACUUUAGCUAAUUAUCUAUAUUGGUAUUUGUCCAUUGAAGUGGAAGAUCAAGAGUCUAUACGCAAACAGGAUGAAAGUGUUCAUGAAAUGUAUGACAUGGUCUUAAGAACAUUUCUAAGGACUUUAGAAGGCGGAAGCUGUGAAUUACGUGGCAUAUGUGGUAAUCUUAGAAAACAGCAGCGUUUUAUCGAUGAGCUGGUCCGUUUAGUUAAGUUGGUAGCUAAAGAGCCCGGAAAUCGUAAUAAAAAAACGGAAAAAUUCCAAAAAUUACUUAUGGAAACGGAUACUUUUAAAAUCAAUUUCACGAAUUUUGAUCCUAUCCCGUUUCCGCUAGAUCCCGACGUACACAUAACAAAGGUUGUUCCGUCGAAAACAUCCCUCUUCAAAAGCGCUCUAAUGCCAGCCAAAUUAACUUUUGUAACUACUGUUGCAUCCCACGAAUAUGUGGCAAUAUUUAAGCAUGGUGAUGAUUUACGUCAGGAUCAAUUGAUCCUGCAAAUGAUUACUUUAAUGGAUAAACUAUUAAGACGAGAAAAUCUUGAUCUCAAGUUAACCCCUUACAAAGUAUUAGCUACUAGUUCUAAACAUGGCUUCUUGCAGUAUAUUGACUCAUGUACAGUAGCUGAUGUUUUGGCACGAGAGGGAAGCAUACAUAAUUUCUUUAGAAAAUAUAAUCCCUGUGAUAACGGUCCAUAUGGGAUUUCACCAGAAGUCAUGGAUACCUAUAUAAAAAGUUGCGCUGGUUAUUGUGUAAUCACAUAUCUCUUGGGAGUGGGCGAUCGUCAUUUGGACAAUCUCCUAUUGACAACAAGCGGUAAAUUAUUUCAUAUUGAUUUCGGCUAUAUAUUGGGCCGAGAUCCAAAACCCAUGCCGGCGCCUAUGAAAUUAAGCAAAGAAAUGGUGGAAGCAAUGGGUGGUGUCAGUUCGGAACAUCAUCAUGAAUUUCGUAAACAAUGUUAUACAGCUUAUCUCCAUCUGCGCAGACAUGCGAAUGUCAUGCUGAAUUUAUUUUCUCUAAUGGUUGACGCUUCGGUGCCAGACAUAGCUUUGGAGCCCGAUAAAGCUGUGAAAAAAGUGGAAGAAAAUUUACAAUUGGGCUUAACCGACGAGGAGGCUGUGCAACAUUUGCAAUGCUUACUGGAUGUUUCUAUUACUGCUGUAAUGCCAGCUUUGGUCGAACAAAUUCAUAAACUUGCUCAAUACUGGCGCAAGUAAAGCUCCGAGUUAUAUAGCGCCUAUACUCCUCUUAAGUGGCUCCGAAUUUGGCCUUAAUGCUUAUCUCGAGUCUGCCAAUGGGCACUGAUGUGAUAAUAUCAACGAAGUACUCUUUGACUUAAAAAAGUUUAAAAG